AUGAUCGAGGAAAAGGAGGGGAUCCAGGCUAUCCUAUCAAACCUCCUUCUCACAAUGGACCCAGCCUGUGUUGCCCAACAGGCUCAGCCUUCAUUCUACUACUACAACCCAGAGCCAGAGUCACGCCACGGCCAGCAUGCCUUCUUCACUCCUCACCCAAACGAGUAUGCUCAGAACCAGAUGAUGAUGGUACAGCCUCAGAUGCCACAGCAGUUCACUCAGAUGCAACCGCAGAUGCAUCUUCAUCCGUCCGACCAGCACAACGGUGCUCAGUUCAGAACACUCGGUGCGAAGGAUUAUCUAUCAACCCCCAAUGCCGCAAACAGUCCAUCGCCCUCUCCACAACCGAUGCACAUCAAGCCUAGUGUUUUCCUACACGGUUCGCCCGCGCUCCUGUCCUUGGACACAAACUGUGGUUGGGCCGAUGCCAACGGAUUUCCAUCCACUCCUCCACUGUCAACCUCUGGUAGCAGCAUCAGCAGCCCCCCAUCAAGCUGUGGAAUGACUAACACCCCCGUUGGCGGUGACUCUUUCCGCAUGGAAGGCAUUGAAGGCGUCAAAGAGGGCUGCGAGACAGACGUUGAACUCGAGCUCCUAGCCAACUCUCAUUGGCACAGAUCUGCUUCCCCUGAGAUGACACCUUGUGAGUCCUUGUCGUAUUCACCUUGUUUAUCAGCUAUCUUUAAUCUACAUCUUUUUGAUUGUUAUCGUCUGAUGUCAAGAUAUGCUAACUCUUGGCACCUAAAAAAAGUGUAUGUUCGUCCGUUUUCGGUGCAUUCCAAUGCCAGUUUACCGUCUGCCGAGGCCAGCCACCAUAACGCCAAUAGCGGCACUGAGAGAGGCUCUUCGCUUACAUCAUCAUCUUCGCGCUCGCCUUCUCGCUCUCCCAUCAUGACUUCUUCCUCCUCCUCGUCGCUCCUCCACGAAACACCCACUACCUCGUUCUCUGCGCAGCAGCCCUCCAGCACCGAUUUCUGCGACCCACGCCAGCUUACCGUCGAUUGCCCAGUGCUUUCGCUACCCGUUCCUGACUACCCGCCACUUCCGCCACUCUCGACCGUGGAUGAGGACAGGUCGCGGUCCACCCUUCUCGGCAGCUCGCUGAAAGUAGAGCAGAGCCUCACCGUUCCUGGGCUCAGCCACGACGAUUCUCUUGAGAGCUUGUCGACCUUUGAUGCCAUCUCUGAUCUUGACUCUGAAGACGAGUUCGUCAACGGUAUAGUUAAUUUCACGCCGACCGAGAACGGUUUUUUGCUUGGCGAAAAACGUCGACGCACGGUCAACAACGCCAACAACGGCACUGCGACAACCGUAUCCCAUGAAGACGACAUUAUAAGCGAACAGGGCUUGGAGGAUUUAGAGGAAAGUGACUUGUUUGCCCGCUCUUGUAUCCCACUUCCAGAGUUCGACACUGCUGAGCAGUGCAACAUUGCCGAAGAUAUGAGGACGAAAAAGCGAGUAUCAGCUGUUGGCCGGCGAAUCAAGCAACUUCCCCUUGGGUCCGAGGAGAGUGAUGCGGACAGCCUUGGUGCCAUCAUGCGAACUGCUCAGAGUAACGUGAACAACCGCGCCUCGCAUACUGACUCAUCUUCCACACAAGCUCAGCAGCAAUCUGGAGCACCUAGCCAUGAAAGCUCAGAGACCAACCCACAAAGCACCACGUCGUCAGAGACCCCGGCUCCCACGCCAAUGGUCCCUGUUGGCCGUCGUGGUCGCAAACAGUCCCUGACCGAGGACCCAUCCAAGACUUUUGUCUGCACCCUCUGCUCUCGUCGAUUCCGUCGUCAGGAGCAUCUCAAACGUCAUUACCGUUCCCUGCACACCGAAGACAAGCCAUUUGAGUGUCAGGACUGUGGCAAGAAAUUCUCACGCAGUGACAACCUUGCUCAACACACUCGCACCCACGGUGGCUCUGGAAUGCCCAUGACCAUGUCUGACCAUCACCCUGAAUCAUCCCCUUUUGAUGACCAAGAUGCAGGAGCCCUCGGAGCCGUACUUUAUGAGGUUGCCCAGGCUGCUGCUAACAAGUCGACAACCAGUGAAUCGUCGGAUAGCGGCCUCUCCACUCGAGACAACCAGUCUGCGCCUUUCACAAACCGGAAGCGUCCACUCAAGAAGCGCAAGCGUGAAGCAUCUGAGUAA